GAAGACAACUCCUGUUCAACCGACAAUGUUGGUUUCUAGGAUUUCUGCACAGUUGCGACCUUUGCUUCUACACAGUUUCAGAGGGAUUCAUGCAUCUCACUCGGCUGCAGCGGCAUGGAAAAUCGGGAACCUGAAUCACGUGGCGAUCGCCUGCCCUGACCUGGAGAAAGCCACAAGCCUCUAUAGAGACAUCCUAGGAGCCAAAGUUAGCGAAAAACAAGCCCUACAUGACCAUGGUGUUUAUGUAGUGUUUGUGCAGCUUGGAGAGGCUAAAAUAGAGCUUCUUCAUCCACUGGGUGACAAGAGUCCGAUACAGAAAUUCCUGCAGAGAAACAAGAACGGUGGAGUCCACCAUAUAUGUAUUGAGGUUGAUAACAUUGAGGCAGCUAUGAAGGAUCUAAAAUCUAAGAAUAUCGGAUUACUGAGCGAAAAAUCAAAGAUCGGUGCUCACGGCAAACCAGUGGUGUUCCUGAACCCUAAGGACUGCAACGGUGUAUUGGUAGAAGUAGAAGAGAAAUAGAGAGUCUGUCCUUGUCUCUUUACAGUCAGCAGUAUUAACUCUCAACAGUAGAGUUGAUGAUUCCAGGGCAGUGUUUAACAUAGCUUGAGUACUCUGAUGGUAAGAGAGCUAAACGGACGUUUGGACAGUUAUCAACACUCUCUAAUGACCAAUCUAUAUAAAUUAAUACCCUAGUUUCUAAACACUAACACAUAUUUUUGACUAUUAUAACCGUUUUUUAUAACUU